UUUCCUUUUCUUUUUNUUUUCUUUUUUUCUAAUGUUGAUGUUAAAUGUGUUUGAAUAUUUCAGAAACAGAUAGACAAUAAAGUGAUAAAACUUGUAGAAAUUCUGUGCAUUAAAGUGAUCUUUUAAGGUUGUUAUGUAUGUUUUGGGGUAAGAUUGUAUUUUUUCUUUUUUUUAGCUUAAAUUAAAUCUUUGUAGCAUUAUAUAAUCACUAUAUUCUAAUGUUCUGUUUUAUUUCACAUUCAUUUUUUUUUCGUCUGGGCACGUGCAAGUGUAUGGAGUGUCUCUUGCGAAUUUUGUGCAGAGUUAGUACAUUUGACGUGCAUUUAUGAUACGGGAUAUUUAUGCAGAACUAGUAUAAAAUUAACUGCAGAUAGAAAUAUUAAUGUUUUCAUAUGAAACAUGAGUUUCAUCAUAUAAAUAGUACGAUUCAAAAUGGAUGUGGAAUAAUACAAUAUCAUAGAAAGCAUCUCAUACAAUACAUAUUCAACGUGUUACGUCACUCUCUCCAAGUAGUAUUCAAGACAUUUUAGACUCUGUUUGACUUGUUGACUUUUCUUGCGCUGUUUAGAUAUAUUUUAUGUGUCACCUCCUCCAAGUCAUACAUUGCUUAGAGAAUAUUGUUUAUUCAUGGUGUUGGGGUUCAUUCCUCUUCAGUUUUUUUCUACCUUGAUUGGUGAAUUUGAGAUGCUUUUAUUGUAUUCUGCAGCUUCACUUGAGUGUAAAAACUUAGUUUUGUGUUACGGUUUUUUGUGUAUUUGGAUCUUUACUAGUGCAGUGAUGUUUGUUCUUGUAUUUAUGUUGAUAGUUUGAUAUUACAAUGCGGCCUUUUCAGGAAUAGUUUUGAUUAGACUGUGUAAACUGUGUGAUUCAUGAUUUAGACGUUUGUCGUGAAUUAAUUAAUUUAACUGAUCUGUAAGAUCAGCACUAAGCUAUAUCCUCAUUUAUAUUAUAGUAGUCGAAAGGAAGUGUCGUGUUUCGUAAGUGUGAAUUUUAUGAAACAACCUUCAUUUUGUACAAUGAUAUUGAUUUGUUGAAAUUAACUAUCAUCUGUAUAUAGCUUGCUUUCAUUUGUUCACGUGGUGAUUAUUUUACAAGUUUACCGUAAUUACAAUAAUGCUCACAUGGUAUAGUGUACUCUUUACAGAACAAAAGCAUUCGGUUCCUUGACUAACGGCGAAAUGUCUUAUGAUAAGUCAACUCAAGCAGAUCACAAACGCGGUCAACCGUUGUUCGUGAGUAAAUCUGAGCAAGAGCUGUUUUCCAACAAGAAGCAAGCAGAAGCAGUAGAAUCUGCGCAAAAAAACUCGAACCCCAGCACACAAAGCUUUGACAAGUGCCUCUGAAAAUAAUAAUUCCCAUUAUGCCCCUGGCUCUACCAAAAUGGCAAAAAUGGGUUCCGAAAGUCGAUUGAAAAAUGAUUAUCUAAUUAGUCUAAGCAUGUCUCAGGCAGCGGAAGAUCCUCAGUUUCGCAACACCGCACUUCGAAAAGUCAAAGUCAACGAGGUUCCGCAGAAGAACAAUAGUGUAGUGGGAAACAACUUUCUGAUGUCCGGUAAUGAUUCGAUGCAUGCUGAGCUGGCUAGCAAGACAAACGGCAAUUUCUUGUUCAACAAUCACUACUACAACUCGUUAGGCCAUUAUGGGAAAUGGGAAGACUGUACAUGCAGUGGCUCAGGAGGUGAAGGCUACACCACAGGAAAAGCUCUUCGAAGCAGUAAAAACCGCCACUGGAUCUGCAGUUCACCUGACAAAUUUCCUUGCUUGGAGAGCAUCCUUUCGAGCUACGACGAUUUCUCGUGGGUCGUGAUAACUGCUGGUUGUCUAGCCAGAGGACAUGCUUUCCUUUUCUUUUCUUUUUUUUUUUUUUCUAAUGUUGAUGUUAAAUGUGUUUGAAUAUUUCAGAAACAGAUAGACAAUAAAGUGAUCACUUGUGGAAAUUCUGUUUUUAAAGUGAUCUUUUAAGGUUGUUAUGUAUGUUUUGGGUUAAGCAAUUUUUUUUUGCUUAGAUUAAAUCUUUGUAGCAUUAUAUAAACACCAUAUUCUAAUGUUCUGUUUUAUAUCACAUUCAUUUUUU